CCAUUAUAUUAUCUUAAAAUUGAUAUGAAAAUAUUUGUAUUAAAUGUAAGUUAUUUGAUAAAUAUUAAUAACGACUGACAACGUACAAAUUAAAUGAUUGCUGUAUCAUGAGAUAGCAACAUUAAGCUGUAAUUACUGUGGAGAGAACAGUAGGAGUGGAAAAGUGGCACACAUUCGCAAUACACUGAAGUGAGAAUACUUUGCCACUUACAAAGAUGCUGCGACCGAGUUGCACAAAUGGAAUAUGGAAAGGACCUGAGAUCCGUCCACCAUCAGAAGAUUAUUUCAAUUUAGGAGAAAAGAUAUUUCAACAGUUCAAAAAGUUCCCUGAAAUUAUUGGCCAAAUAGAUGCAGAGACGGGAGAGAAAGAUACUUUUGCCGAAAUCGGAGAGAGAGCUGUACGAUGUGCACUGUGGCUCCAAAAACAAGGUAUCAAAAAAGGUGACAUGGUUGGCUUCUGUUCAGGAAAUCAUUUGGACAGCGUGGUUCCAAUGAUAGCUUCUUUCUACAUUGGAUCAAUUUUUAAUCCUUGGUGGGACAGCUGUCUAGAUGAAGAUAUUUCUAGAUAUUUUAUUGACUUGACCGAACCCAAGGUAUUAUUUGUUCAUGAAAAACUGGCUGAUCCAGUACUGGAGGCCAUAAAAAAUGGGAAAAAUAACGUAAAAGUAAUUAUUUUCGGUCAAAGGCCAGGGUAUGAAUCUUUUAGAGACAUUCUAAAGACCGUAACAACUGAAGAAAUCGAUCAAUUUCGAUGUGUAAAAAUUGAUAAACCUACAGAACCAAUUAUGAUCCUCUACACAUCAGGAACAACCAGUUAUCCCAAGGGAGUGUUGUACACUUAUGGAUCGUUUGCUCGCAUCGGAAAUUUUGAAUCUCCUCGAUUAACAUCAAAUACAGUUAAUUUGUGGUUUUCUGGAUUAUGUUGGCUGUCAGGUGUUUUAAAUAACAUACAACCAAUAUUUACUAGAUCGACUAUGAUAAUUUGCUAUACCAUUAGUGAAGAAAAAGCAUGUGAGCUUAUCGAAAAAUAUAAGAUUUCCGCAAUAUCUAUGGGUACAAGUGUAGCAAAUAGACUCAGUAAAACGAAAGCCGCUUUAGAAUAUGAUUUAUCAUCAGUAAUUCGAGCAAGCUAUGGUGGCGCAGCUGCUAAAAAAGAAGUCAUUGAAUUCUUACUAACUACUUUUAAGAAUGCUAUGAUUUUUUCUAUCUAUGGUUGUACUGAGACGGGAGUUGCUAUAGCUGGACAAGUAAAUCCUAAGAAAACAACGUCUUGUGGAACUGUGAUUCCGAAUGUAGAGGUAAAAUUAAUCAAGCCAGAAACUGGAGAAAUAGUUGGACCUAAUACCGAAGGUGAAAUUUGGUUCAGAGGGCCAACAUUAAUGGCAUGUUAUUGGAGAAAUCCCAACGCUACAAAAGAAGCUAUUGACUCUGAAGGCUGGUAUCAUACUGGAGAUUUAGGAUAUUAUGAUAAAGAUGGCGAUUUCUAUAUUAUUGAAAGAAUAAAAGAAUUAAUAAAAUAUCGACUUCACCAUGUUCCUCCUACAGCAAUUGAAUCUGUAUUACAAGCUCAUCCAGCAGUAUCAGAAGUUGCUGUGGUAGCCAAACCAAGCCAUAAUGACGUUGAGCUUCCAAUGGCUUUUAUUACUAAAUUACCAGGCGUAGAAGUAACAGAGAAUGAAAUUCAUGAGCUAGUCAACAGUAAACUCCAUGAUCGUAUGAAACUUCGUGGAGGUAUUUGUUUUCUUGAUAAAAUGCCUUACACUUCUUCAGGAAAAAUAUCAAAGAAAGAACUUCGAGCGAUGGCCAAAAAACUCGCUGAUAAUUAAAUGUAAACACAUUUAUAUGGAUCAUGUAAAAAUGUUAAGGCGUUUUUUUUAUUGCUCAAUGAGUUUUUAAUUUGAAAAUGGUAUUCUUUUUUUUUUAGAAAUUUCAGCAUCGAUCUUAAUUUUUUUUUAAUUUAUUUUAAACUGUUCAGGUCUUCAGUUUUUAUCUCUUCAUUUAUAAAUAAAUGAUUAACUUAUGAUAAGACAUAACAAUUCGUUCAGUGAAUGAUAUAAUCAAUUUGUAUUUGUUUAUAAGUCUGAAAAGCGACUACAAUUUUAAUCAGCGUUGAACAAAUUAAAAAAACUCGUCUAGAUUCGGAGUAAAAUGUUAAAACGGAACCAAAACGAAUUUCUUGAAAACUUUCAAGAUUUAGAAAUUAACAAUAAGAUUAUGCAAAGAAGUGAAAUACUCUAAUAAACUAUAUCAGAAAUUAAAA